UGGCUCAUGCAGUUAAAAUGAAUUUGUUUAGCUCACAGGGGGGCCUAUGCCGCCCAAAGAUGCAAGCAAAGAUUGCGAAUCCAAGGAGAAGACGGAGACGACUAAGAAAAAGUGGAAUCCAGUUUCUUGCACACCUCCAGAGGAGGCCAACAAGGAAUCCGAGCCAAAGCAGCUACGAAGAAAGGGGAAACAUCCACCCACCAAUACCGUCAAGGAGACACCUGCCAAGGUGCCACCUGAGACGCCAGAGGUGGCUUUGGCGCCACCCAAACUUGGGAAGAACGGACGUCGAAGGGGAGGAGGACGGCCCGUGGUCAAGAAGGGACCAGCCGCUUCAAAGGAACCGUUGCCGAUGAGUGCGGCAGGGCCGCGGGCCACGCGGGCCACGCGGGCCACGUGCAGUGCCACGAAGGAAGGUGCGUCGACGACGGGGACCGUGGAGUCCGGGCUCGCGCACGAGGUGGAUGCCUGCCAGGUGGAGGGCAUUCCGGAACAAUUGUUCCGAAGAUUCUUCUCUCAGGGCCUUGAUACGCAGGAAUUUGUGGGCCUGAUGCGGUUAAAAGCCAUUGACAAGACGAUGCGGCGGAUCCACGAAGUCGUCGUUGGGAUCCUCCUGGACGAUUUUCAACGCUUGCCCUACUGGCCCGAAAAGGAGCUUCUGAUGGUCGGCGAGCUCUUAGGCCAACUCAUCCGCUGGGAGUUGAUUCCACAUGGCGAACCCUUGCAAAAGGCCUUGUGCUGUAUCCUUUCGGCCUUAAAGGAGCCCACAGGGUCCAUCUUGUACAGGUUUGGGCACCGGGCUUUGGAGCAAUUCCUGUCGGAACUCGAUGAUCAUGAUGUCGCCUCAGAGAUGUGGCUUUCAAUCCACAUCUCACAGAGGCAAAGCCACAAGGAAGAGGAGCUCAAGAAAGAGGAGCGCCUUUUGUUUAAUCCGAUCAUGUUGCACAAGCAACAAGUCGUUCUGCUAUGGCCACCCAGCUUGCUUCAAAAUGGCCUGGAUGAGCAUAAUCUCCUGAUCCGCAUGAUGCUGCCACAGGUGUUCCCGGUGCCGAGCGGAUUUCCAAACCAAAAUGCCGCAGCUGACCUACUCUUGACGGGCAGCCGAAGGCUCAACCAAACCGAGGAGAAGUCAGCAAAGUGGCUUGGAAACGCUUCCAAGGCCGCAGGCAGCUCGCGCGGCACGGCCAGCAAGCAAGGCCCAAGCCGCAGCACCACUGAGCUCGAGAAGGAGAAGCGGGAGGCCCGAACGAGCAAGAAGAAAAGCUCCGGGAAGAACAAAAAGGCAGCAAACAGUGAGGUGGAGUCCGCUGGUCGUGCCAUCCGUUUGCCCGUCUUCAUGGAGGUAGAGAUGGAUUCGAUGCAUUUCCACUUGGAGGCUGAAGACCUGGAGAUCUUUGAGGAGUGGCGACCGUCUUCGACGAACGAGGAGGAUGGGGAACUUCUGUCUGAGGACGACGUGCUUGACUCUCAGGCGCAGGAUGUGAAAGGUCGAGGUCGAGAAGCUUCAGGACAUAGCUGGCAAGCACCACGCGGCCGAAGCACACCUCUGAGCCGCACGCAGAAAUAGCUUGUAAAUAGAUGUCGACACAAACCACGGUGGACCGGUGGAUUGGAGAGUUUGGAGAAGCGAAC